AUGACGAGAAAACUUGAGUCUAAGCAACAACGCGUAGACACUUUGACCGAAAUCGUAGGAGAAAAAGAGCGGAUUGAGGCGACUCUAAAACUACAAGUUCAGGAGCUAAAGAAAGGAAGAGAGGAAGACGGAGCAAGGUCUGAGAAAGAGAGGCGCUCAUUGGAAGAAGAUAUGACGAAGAAAGUCGAGUCUAAGCAACAGCAUGUAGACACUUUGACGGAAACCGUUAGGGAGACAGAGCGAAAUGAGACGACUCUAACACAACAAGUUGAGGAGUUAAAGAAAGGAAGAGAGGAAGACAGAGCAAGAUCUGAGAAAGAGAAGCGCUCAUUGGCAGCAGAUAUGACGAAGAAACUUGAGUCUCAGCUACAACAUGUAGACACUUUGACAGAAAUCGUAGGGGAGAAAGAGCGUAAUGAGACGACUCUAACACAACAAGUUGAGGAGCUAAAGAGAGGAAGAGAGGAAGACAGAGUAAAAGCUGAAAAAGACAGAGGAAGAUCUGAGGAAGCAAAGCGCUCAUUGGCAGAAGAAAUGAGGAAGAAACUCGAUUCUAAGCAACAGCAUGUAAACACUUUGACAGAAACCGUAGGGAACAAAGAGCGAAAUGAGACGACGCUGAUACAACAAGUUAAAGAGUUAGAGAAAGGAAGAAAGCAAGACAGAGCAAGAUCUGAGAAAGAGAAGCGCUCAUUGGCAGCAGAUAUGACGAAGAAACUCGACUCUCAGCAACAGCGCGUAGACACUUUGAUAGAAACCGUAAGGGAGAAAGAACGAAAUGAGACGACUCUAAGACAGCAAGUUGAAGAGCUAAAGAAGGAGCAUGACUAUAAGGAACAGCUUUUGGAGCAACUUGAGCGUGAGACCUGGAAGCUGAGAACCAAAAUUCAACUAGAAAGUGAGAUGCGAUCAGCAGAGCAGAAGAAGAAAGCAGAGACACAUCAAUGGAGUUUCAUUCCUUGGGUGACCUCUGGGAAACAAGCUCAGGGUGGCACAUCAUCUUUUGAGGAUAAUUCAACCGGAGGACUGGGAAGGAGUCAUAUAUUACAAGCAGGAGAGGAGCCCCCAGAUGAUGAGUUUGCAGGUAUAUUACAGCAGAUAGCUGACGAUCUUUACGAUGAAGCCAAGAUCGACAGCCUUGCUGGUCAGCUGGGAAUCCUACAUGGUGAUAUACAGAGAGCGCUCAUGACCAAUAUGAGGUUCGGCCGUGUUACUAGUGAUGGAACUCGCCAUAUGCUGAAACAAUGGAGAAGAGGUGUAUCUAGGGAAGAUGAACGGAUUGAGCUAAAGAAGGCACUGGAAGCUGCCAAGUUGGUCAACCUUGCAGACCUGUAUCUCAGCGAAGGUGUAGAAGAAAAACAUAUCGAUUUGGAGUAUGCCAGCGAAGACGUCAAUGAUCAGCAGCCCUCUAAUAGAGAUGAAACCUCUCUAGAACAGGACCGGACCAAAGGACACACUGACAUCCAGGUACUCCAGGAAGCUACAGCGAGCAGUAACCAUACUCCUCGAGAUGGGCAUUCCGGAGACACGGCUACCAAAACCCAGGAAGACUUGACAGAUGGAAGUAGGAGUCAACAUCUUGAACAAUCACCGGAGCGCAGUACAGAGGACUUGGAUGAAUCUAAAGUGACUUCUGAAGAAGUGUCCUCAGAAGAGGUUCAUCCUGGAGAUGAUAUGAACAACGUUAGUAGCAUUCAACCUUCCGAACAAUCGCACAGCCAGGAGAUGCAAGUCCUACCUGAAUACAUGUCUGAGGUAGCCCCUCUUGUAUCUUAUGGUGGGAAACCCAACGAGGAAUCCGCCACCUUGGGCUGCAUCCCUCUAUGUGCUAUUCUUUCUGACGGAGACAUCCCCAAAGCGAUAAACGAGUUGAAGCAUCUCGGGGUCACUGCUAUGUACGAAAUACCUUUCACUGAUGAAGUUCACUCAGAUGAGGAUAAGUUGCAGUUGCUUGACCUUCUACGUGGGUGCCUUAACGAAGGUGAUAGAACGUUAGCAACUAAUGAUCUGAAGAAGAUAUGCACGAAUCCAAGAUGUAGGUUGCUCAAUGGGAAAACCAAGAAAGAGGCUAAAGAAGCUAAUCAGAAGAUGGUCACAGAGGUCCAAGAGCGAAAACAGGAAUUAAAGAAAGGUAGAGAGGAAGACAGAGAAAGAUCUGAGAAAGAGAAGCGCUCAUUGGCAGCAGAAAUGACGAAGAAACUCGAGUCUAAGCAACAGCAUGUAGAUACUUUGAUGGCAACCGUACGGGAGAAAGAGCGAAAUGAGACGACUCUAAGGCAGCAAUUUGAAGAGCUAAAGAAAGGAAGAGAGGAAGACAGUGCAAGAGCUGAGAAAGAGAAGCGCUCAUUGGCAGAAGAUAUGACGAAGAAACUUGAGUCUAAGCAACAAUGCGUAGACACUUUGACAGAAACCGUAGAGGGAAAAGAGCGAAAUGAGACGAAUUUAAGACAUCGAGUUGAGGAGCUAAAUAAAGGAAGAGAGGGAGACAGUGCAACGGCUGAGGAAAAGCGGCUCUCAUUGGCUGCAAAUAUGACAAAGAAACUCGAGUCUAAGCAACAAAGCGUAGACUAUUUGACAGAGAUCGUAGGGGAAAAGGAGCGAAAUGAGACGACUUUAAGACAGCAAUUGGAAGAGCUAAAGAAGAAGUAUGGCUAUAAGGAACAUCUUUUGGAGCAACUGGAGCUUGAGACCUGGAAGCUGAGAACCAAAAUUCAACUAGAAAGUGAGAUACGAUCAGCAGAGCAGAAGAAGAAAGCAGAGACACAUCGAUGGAGUUUCAUUCCUUGGGUGACUUCUGGAAAGCAAACUCAGGGUGGCACAUCAUCAUGUGAGGAUAAUUCAACCGGAGGACUGGGAAUGAGUGAUACAUUACAAGCAGGAGAGGAGCCCCCAGAUGAUGAGUUUGCAGGUAUAUUACAGCAGAUAGCUGACGAUCUUUACGAUGAAGCCAAGAUCGACAGCCUUGCUGGUCAGCUGGGAAUCCUACAUGGUGAUAUACAAAGAGCGCUCAUGACCAAUGUGAAGUUCAACCGUGUUACCAGUGAUGGAUCUCGCCAUAUGCUGAAACAAUGGAGAAGAGGUGUGUCCAGGAAAGAUGAACGGAUUGUGCUAACGAAGGCACUAAAAGCUGCCAAGUUGGUCGACCUUGCAGACCUGUAUUUCAGCGAAGGUGUAGCAGAAGAACAGAUCAAUGCCGAAUAUGCCAACGAAGAUGUCAAUGAUCAGCAGCUCUUUAAUAGAGAUGAUACCUCUAUAGAAGUGGACCGGACCAAAGGACACACUGACAUCCAGGUACUUCAGGAUGCUACAGCAAGCAGUAACCACACUCUUCGAGAUGGGCAUACAGAAAACAUAGCUUCCAAAACCCAGGAGGACUUGACAGAUGGAAGUAGGAGUCAACAUCUUGACCAAGCAUCGGAGCGCAGUACAGAGGACUUGGAUGAAUAUGAAGUGACUUCUGAAGAAGUGUCAUCUGAAGAAGUUCAUCCUGGUGAUGAUAUGAACAACGUUAGUAGCAUUCAACCUUCUGAACUAUCGCCCAGCCAUGAAAUGCAAGACCUACCUGAAGACAUGUCUGAGAUAGCCCCUCUGGUAUCUUAUGAUGGGAAACCCAACGAGGAUUCCACCACCUUGGAUACAAGCCAUGUAGGCGGAAUCAUAAGCCGCGUCCCUCUAUGUGGUAUAUAUGCCUACGGAGACAUCCCAGCAGCGAGAAAUGAAUUGAAGCAUCUCGGGAUCACUGAUAUGUACGAAAUACCUGAUCCUGGUGGCUCUCUCUCAGAUGAGGAUCAGUUGCAGUGGCUUGACCUUCUACGUGGAUGCCUUUAUGAAGGCGACAGAACGUUAGCAGCUAAUGAUCUGAAGAAUAUAUGCACGAAUCCAAGAUGUAAGUUGCUCAAUGAGAAAACCAAGAAAGAGGCGAAAGAAGCAAAUCAGAAGAUGUUCGCAGAGGUCAAAGAGCGAGAACAGGAAUUAAAGAAAGGAGGAGAGGAAGACAGAGCAAGAGCUGAGAAAGAGAAGCGCUCAUUGGCAGCAGAAAUGACGAAGAAACUCGAGUCUAAGCAACAGCAUGUAGACACUUUGACACAAACCGUUGGGGAGAAAGAGCGAAAUGAGACGACUUUAAGACAGCAACUUGAAGAGCUAAAUAAAGGAAGAGAGGAAGACAGAGCAAGAGCUGAAAAAGAGAAGCGCUCAUUGGCAGCAGAUAUGAUAACAAAACUUGAGUCUAAGCAACAGCAUGUAGACAAUUUGACGGAAACCGUAAGGGAGAAAGAGCGAGAUAAAACGACUUUAAGACAGCAACUUGAAGAGCUAAAUAAAGGAAGAGAGGAAGACAGAGCAAGAGCUGAAAAAGAGAAGCGCUCAUUGGCAGCAGAUAUGAUAACAAAACUUGAGUCUAAGCAACAGCAUGUAGACAAUUUGACGGAAUCCGUAGGGGAGAAAGAGAGAAAUGAGACGACUCUAAGACAGCAAGUUAAAGAGCUAAAGAAAGGAAGAGAGGAAGACAGAGCAAGAGCCGAAAAAGACAAGCGCUCAUUGGCAGCAGAAAUGACAAAGCAACUCGAGUCUAAGCAACAACAUGUAGACACUUUGACACAAAUCGUAGGGGAGAAAGAGCGAAAUGAGACGACUCUAAGACAACGAGUUGAAGAGUUAAAGAAAGAGAGAGAGGAUGACAGAGCAAGAGCUGAAAAAGACAAGCACUCAAUGGCAGCAGAAAUGACGAAGAAACUCAAGUCUAAGCAACAGAAUGUAGACACUUUGACACAAACCGUAGGGAAGAAAGAGCGAAAUGAGACGACGCUAAGCCAGCAAGCUGAGGAACUUAAGAAAGGAAGAGAGGAAUACAGAGCAAGAGCUGAGAAAGACAAACGGUCAAUAGAAUUAAGCUGGAAGAAAAAGCAUGACUAUAAGGAACAGCUUUUGGAGCAACUUAAGCGUGAGACCUGGAAGCUGAGAACCAAAAUUCAACUAGAUAGUGAGAUACGAUCAGCAGAGCAGAAGAAGAAAGCAGAGACACAUCAAUGGAGUUUGAUUCCGUGGGUGACUUCUGGAAAACAAGCUCAGGGUGGCACAUCAUCAUUUGAGAAUAAUUCAACAGGAGGACUGGGAAGGAGUGAUACAUUACAAGCAGGAGAGGAGCCCCCAGAUGAUGAGUUUGCUGGCAUAUUACAGCAGAUAGCUGACGAUCUUUACGAUGAAGCCAAGAUCGACAGCCUUGCUGGUCAGCUGGGAAUCCUACAUGGUGAUAUACAGAGAGCGCUCAUGACCAAUGUGAAGUUCAACCGUGUUACCAGUGAUGGAACUCGUCAUAUGCUGAAACAAUGGAGAAGAGGUGUGUACAGGGAAGAUGAACGGAUUGAGCUAACGAAGGCACUAAAAGCUGCCAAGUUGGUCAACCUUGCAGACCUGUACCUCGGCGAAGGUGUAACAGAAGAACAGAUCCAUUCUGAAUAUGCCAACGAAGACGUCAAUAAUCAACAGCUCUUUAAUAGAGAUGAUACCUCUCUAGAACGGGACCGGACCAAAGGAUACACUGACAUCCAGGCACUUCAAGAAGCUACAACAAGCAGUAACCAAACUCCUCGAGAUGGACAUAAAGGAAACAUGGCUUCCAAAACCCAGGAGGACUUGACAGAUGGAAGUAGGAAUCAACAUCUUGACCAAUCACCGGAGCGCAGUACAGAGGACUUCGAUGAAUCUGAGGUGACUUCUGAAGAAGUGUCCUCUGAAGAAUUUCAUCCUGGUGAUGAUAUGAACAACGUAAGUAGCAUUCACCUUUCUGAACAAUCGCCCAGCCAUGGGAUGCAAGUCCUACCUGACGACAUGUCUGAGAUUGCCCCGCUGGUAUCUUAUGGUGGGAAUCCCAACGAGGAAUCCACCAUCUUGGAUACAAGCCACGUAGGCGGAAUCAUAAGUAACGAAGAAGAUCUGAUUUCUCAACUUGUUCUUACUGAUACAUCUCCGGAGAAAAUAUUGCUCAUUUUCCUCGUAAAGAUAAUAAUGGAUGUUUCCCAGAAAGCAUUCAGUGUAUAA